AUGGCUCCUACAAAAAACUUAACUACACAACAAAGAGAAUCCAUAAUGCAGAAGCUACUGUCUGCAUUAAAUAAGAAGGGCAAACCAGCGCAAGGCACAAUCAACGCACUUGCGAUUGAGUUUGAGGUUUGUAGGAAAACAAUUACACGAUUGUGGAAUGAUGUCAAGAAGCAGAUGACAAACAACACCACAGUCAUUAACCUCAACGGCAAGAGAUGGGGGAAAGAAGUAGCAAACAAAAUAAAAUUUGAUGAAGAAAAAUUUAAGGCAAUCAAAUAUGAACUCAAGGGUACACAGCAUUCAGUAGCAAAGCAGAUGGAAGUGUCACAAUCAACGGUGUGUAGGUGGAAGAGGAACAAAGUAAUAAGAAGGCACACAGACGCAAUCAAACCGGCUUUGAAUGAAAACAACAAGUUAUACAGGUUAAGCUUUGCAUUAUCUAAAUGUGAAUACAAUGAACAAAAUGAUGCAUUCAAGUUUAAGCCAUUUACUAACGUUGUUCACAUAGAUGAAAAACAUUUCUAUAUAACCCGAGAGACACAGAGUUAUUAUCUAGCUCCGGGUGAAGAGCCAGCAAAAAGAAGCUCAAAGAACAGGAAAAGGGGAGAGAUGGAAACUAAGCCAAUACAAUCAAUCACAAAAGAGCACAUUAGAGAAAUGCUUAUCACUAAUGUGUUGCCAACCAUUAGGGCAAAAUGGCCUGCUGAAUUAUCCAAGCAUAUUUACAUUCAACAAGACAAUGCCAAACCUCAUAUAGCACACAAUGACAGAGGGUUUUUAGAAGAGGCAAUGAAAGAUGGAUUUAAUAUACAAUUAGUGCAACAACCUCCAAAUUCCCCUGACAUGAACGUGCUAGAUUUAGGUUUUUUUAGAUCAAUUCAAGCUUUACAAUAUCAAAAAUCAGCUUACAAUGUUAAAGAGUUGCUUAAGGCUGUGAAUAAUGCAUUUCAAAAUCUGAGUCCACAAUGUUUAAGGUUUGUAUUCAUAACUUUACAAGCUUGUAUGAUAGAGGUCAUGAAAAAACAGGGGGGGUUUGACUAUCACAUUCCUCACAUGAACAAAACAAAGGCAGCAAGGGAAGGGACUUUACCAGAUUACCUCACUAUUGACAAACAAUUGGUUGUGGAUUCACUUCAAUAUUUAUUCACAAAGCUAAGUACAGAAAAAAUGAAUCAGCUUGUGGAACUCAUUGGGUAUGCAGGGGGAUAUGAAGAAGGGGAUUUGAAUGUAGAAAUGUCAGAAGUAACCAACAACCAAACUCAACAAAUCUCAACAGUUGCAACAGCAAUCAUCGUUUAA